CUCUAGGAAAGCAUCCUGAAUUUUUCGCAAAAUGAAGAUCUUCAUCGCAUUCCUGUUCUUGGUUUUGGCCGUUGCUGCUGAACCAUCAUAUCUUCCAACGGCGACGGUUGUUGCCCACCAGGUUCCAGUGAGCACCUCCGUUUGGCCCCCGUAUGGCGUGUAUGGAAAGGCUGCCGUCCUGAACAAGUACGCAUACCCAGCAGCAGCAGCAGGAGUCUACGGAAGCUGGGGCUGGCCAGCCACGUACGGCAACCGCCUUGCCUAUUCGGCUCCAAUUUUGGCCACCGGAACAACAGCCAAGAUCGUCGAUAACGGCCUCUGGAACUACGCAGGCUACGGCCAUGGCUAUGGAUUGGGACUCAACAACAACUACUGGCUUUAAAUUCAUCAUGACAAAAUAAAACUUAAUUGCAACGAA